AUGAGCACGCAAAAUUUCAUCCUUGUCAUGUCUGGCAAGGGAGGAGUUGGAAAGUCCACAACAGCAGCUAAUAUAGCACGUGCAUAUGCUGCCAAAUAUGGAAAAGUCGGUCUUCUCGAUUUAGAUUUGACCGGACCAUCCAUUCCAACCCUUUUUGGUAUCAAAGACAAAGAAAUCAAAAGCAGAAACGGUAAAAUGGUCCCACAAGUUGUCGAUGGCGUACAAAUUGUUAGUCUUGGCCUUAUGCUUUCCGAUCCACACGAUGCUGUUAUCUGGAGAGGACCAAAGAAGUCAGCAAUGAUCAACCAAUUCUUCCAAUUGAUCGAUUGGAACUGCAAUACAGUCAUUGUUGACCUUCCUCCAGGCACAAGUGACGAACAUCUCUCAACAUUCGAAAUUUUGAACAAGAAUGGAUUCCCGUAUUCAGUUGUUAUCGUUACAACACCAAACGUCUUGGCUGUUGCAGAUGUACGUAAAGGAAUUAAUCUUUGCAUGAAAGUUAAUGCAAAGAUUAUUGGCAUCAUUGAGAACUUCUGUGGUGUUGUCUGCCCAUGUUGCAACCAAGUUUCACCAUUACUUGGUGAUAAAGCUGCAGAAAUCAUGAGUGAAGAGCUUCAUUUGGAUAUUUUGGCUAAAAUACCGUUCUUACCACAAGCUGCAUCAGCUGCUGAUAAAGGUGAGAAAAGUGAUGUCAUUCUUUCAUUCUUUAAUGAAGUGAUUGAUAAAAUUGUUCCACCAGCCCAACCUGUAGCACAAUAA